CCCACUAUAGUAGCGUAGUCACGUGUGCCACGGAGACCGUACUGCCUGCGGUGACCGACCAACUGCCGUCGCCGCGGUAUACAGCCUCGACCUUGAAUCCAUGCUUCCUAUGCUCUGGCCAUUCAUAUUUCAUUGACAUCUUGACGACAAUCCGAACUGCUACAACUGACUGGGAUACACGCGGCGACUGUAUCUAGCUCAGCAAUCCGAUCAGAACGUCAAGCCCCGAUCGAACCGAACGCGAGGCACUGAGUUCUCCUAAUGACCCAAACGACUUUGCUUCAGUAUGAGGCACCGUGGCCUGUGUACGCGCUGGACUGGUGCAAGACCGCCGCGCCAGGACAGCAGCACCGACCGCGGUCGUCCUUCCGCCUGGGGAUCGGCUCGCUCAGAGACGACUAUCAGAAUCGCAUCGCCAUUGUAGGGCUGCAGGACGAACGCGUGCUCGUCGAGGACGACUAUACGGACUACCCGGACUUCGUCACGCUCGUGGACGCGCUGCACGGGUACCCCGCGACCGCCCUGCAGUGGCAACCGAGCGCGGCCUCCAGCUAUGCGUGGAGCCAGAAGGCGGCGACUUCGGAGCUGCUGGCGACUACGGGGGACGCGCUGAAGGUGUGGGAGUACACGACGGAUGGGCCGCAGCAGGUGUCGAGCUAUGUGGGGAGGCCGCCGACGACGAGUGGGCAUAGGUUGACGCAGAAGAUCGCUCUGUCGGGGCAGAGCAAGGUGCAAAACAACCAGACGGGAGCACCGCUGACCAACUUUUCGUGGAACGAGAAGGCGCCGAGUCUAGUCGUCACCUCGUCCAUCGACACGACGUGCACGGUGUGGAACAUCGACACCUCCAGCGCGAUCACGCAGCUCAUCGCGCACGACCGUGAGGUCUACGACGUCGCCUGGCUGCCAGGAUCGACCGACAUCUUUGUGUCUGUCGGUGCGGACGGUAGUCUGCGUGCGUUCGACCUGCGCAGCCUCGAGCACUCGACGAUUCUCUACGAGACACCUGCGCCGAAGAACAUGCCGCCUCCAUCGGCCUCGCCAUCCUCGUCUGCGCGACCGCCAACGUCUCCCCUGCUCCGGAUAGCGUUCAACCCCGCUGAUUCGAACUACAUGUCGACCUUCCAUAUGGACGGCACGGAUAUACAGAUCCUCGAUAUGCGCAGUCCAGGUCAGCCCGUCAUGGAAAUGAGGGCACAUCGCGGGCAAAUAAACGCGUUGGGCUGGGGAUCGACUACCAAUCCGUUGCUCGCAACUGCAGGUGACGAUUGCCAGCUGUUGCUCUGGGACCUGAGUCCGUACACGAGCGUCCCAUCGACGUCGCCACGGACCGCGAGUUCGGGUCUCAGCUCACCGCGUCCGGACGUCAAAAAGCGGAUCGUGGUCGAUCCCGUCAUGGCAUACACGGGAGCAAGCGAGAUCAACAACCUGGCUUGGUCGCCGCAAAUUGCGGGUAUGACCAUGCACUCUGGGCACUCGACCGACCCUGGCGAGUGGAUUGCGGUGGCGAUGGGCAAAUCAAUAAAGGCACUGAAGGUGUAGGGGCUCAGAGAUACGGAGGAUGGACUUGGUGUUGUAGCUAUACAUAUUUGGUCUGGUAUAUACCGUCUGGGUGCAAUGCAUAUAGGCACAAGUUGGCCUGCCGCGACUGCCUUGGUCGCUCUUGGGACGCGU